AUGGCUGACGCCUUCCAGACCCAAACCCAUCACGAAACACCCGGACGCGGAAAAGGUGGCAAGGGUCUUGGCGGCAAAGGUGUCAAGCGUCACCGCAAGAUCCUUCGCGACAGCGUUCAAAGCAUCCCCAAGCCUUCUCUGGUUCGUGUUGCCCGUCGAGGUGGUGUGAAGCGCAUCAAUACUUGCAUUUAUGCGGAAACACGUGGUGCCCUCAAGGUUCUCCUUGAGAACGUCCUUCGAGACACCGUGGCCUAUACUGAGCACGACAAACGGCAAACCGUUAGUGCUUCGGACGUCGUCCACGCUCUCAAGCGCUCGGGCCAUAACCUCUACGGUUUCGGUGGUUGA